CGUGCCGCGCGACACGGUCAAGGCACAAGCCACAGCCACAGCGCCUACAUAUCUCGCCAUUGCCGGUGCAGACGCUUCCUCAACUCUGUCCUCUCUUCUUCUUCUUCUUUACAAGCUCUGGUACUCGCUGUCUCCGUCUCUGCAUUUCGGUCUCUGGCUCUCUGCUGCUUCGUGUUCGUGGGCGAUUGGUUUUUCUUGGCUUCUUGUUCAUCUUGGAUUUGAUCGAUUCGAUGGCUGAGUUGCGGACGUCGUGGAAGUCGAUGCUCUGCUGCGUCGGCGGCGGCGGGGUGGCCGGCGUUGAGGACGACGUGCCGCCGGAGAGGAGGAGGGUCAGAGGGGGUGGUCACCACCAGCGGCUGCUGUCGUCGUCGUCGUCGGCGUCGUCGGCGUCGAGGGUGUCGCUGUCGAGCCUGAGCUCGACGGGGACCCUCACGCCGGAGGACCUGUCGCUGACGCUGUCGGGCUCGAACCUGUACGCCUUCACCUACGCCGAGAUGAGGGCCGUCACCGGCGGCUUCUCCCGCGCCAACUACCUCGGCUCCGGCGGGUUCGGCCCCGUGUACAAGGGCCGCGCCGACGACGGCCUCCGCCCCGGCCUCGCCGCGCAGGCCGUCGCCGUCAAGUACCUCGACCUCGACUGCGGCACGCAGGGCCACAGGGAGUGGCUGGCUGAGGUGUUCUUCCUUGGUCAGUUGAGGCACAAGAAUCUCGUCAAGCUGAUCGGCUACUGCUACGAGGACGAACACCGGAUGCUGGUGUACGAGUACAUGAGCAACGGGAGCUUGGAGAAGCAUCUCUUCAAAAGUCUCGAUGGCGCCAUGCCAUGGAUGAGGAGGAUGCAGACCGCCGUCGGCGCGGCGAAGGGGCUCGCCUUCCUCCACGACGCCGACACGCCGGUCAUCUACCGUGACUUCAAGGCAUCCAACAUCCUCCUCGACUCGGACUUCAACACCAAGCUUUCCGACUUUGGGCUUGCCAAGGAUGGGCCGCAGGGCGACGCGACCCAUGUCACGACGCGUGUCAUGGGGACAAACGGGUAUGCAGCGCCCGAGUACAUCAUGACAGGGCACCUGACCGACAAGAGCGAUGUGUAUAGUUUUGGUGUGGUACUACUGGAGCUAUUAUCGGGUCGGCACUCGGUGGACCGCUCUCGUCGCCAUAGGGAGCAAAGUCUGGUGGAUUGGACAAGAAAGUACCUCAAGAAGCCCGACCAGUUGCACCGGGUCGUCAUGGACCCAGCCAUGGAGGGCCAAUACUCCUACAAAGGGGCCCAAGAGGCUGCUUUGGUAGCCUACAAGUGCUUGAGCCCAUCACCAAAGUCCAGGCCCAGCAUGAGGGAGGUGGUCAAGGCCCUAGAGCCCAUAUUGGACAUGAAUGACUACCUCCAAAUUGGUACAUUUGUGUUCACCGUCGUUGUGGAAGAUAACAAGAAGGACGAUGUGACCAAAACCAAGCAAGUAGAUGGUGAGAACAAGGUUGACAUGAGGAUCGAGGCGACAGUGGAAGAGAAGCACCAGAGUCACCAUGAUCGAUACCGGCAGAAGAACCCAAACUCUGCAAUCCAUGCUGACAUCGUGCUGCAACGCGACGGCUCCAUCGGAUCGUACACCACCUCGCUCAGGCGGCACAGAAGGACACCGAGCUAUCUCAAGGAGAGGGGUGCCUAGAAUUUCAUGGUCAGACCUAAGAGGGGAAGAUAUAGGAGUAAUAUUAAUUAGGGGAAACAAAAGGAUCUGUACAUAACUAAGCUAGAUCUUAGAGGUGUUGUGAUACAAGACACACAACACCACAUUGGUUUUUUGUGUGGGAUUUAUUCAUUUUAUUGAUAGUGUUCUGUUAUUGGCCGUAAUGUGCCAAUAAUGUGAUGAGAAUCCUGAUUGUGGAUUUUUCAUCGUGGUUAAUCAAGAGCGAAGAUAGAAUUGGCCAAUGGUUGCCUGCUAUUUUGCCUUGAAAACCUUGUUUGGUCUUACUGGCAUGGUAAUAAAAAGGAAUAAAAAGGUGUGCCUUGCCUUGGACAGCAUA